AGGAAAUUAAGGUUAGAUAGCUACUCAAACAAGCCUAAUGUUGGCUACAGGGCUAACCAGCUAAUGUUUACUGUCCUCACAAAGCCUCGUCCUUCACCAUCCUGUGUUAUGUGGCAGAGGACGUUUCAUCAAUAACACAUUUAUCGUGGAUACUUUGGUGAAACGGCACGCAAGCUAAGUUAGAGGGAUACUAACUAGCUCCUUGUUUAGAUGGUGUCUUAUAAGAGACUGAGCCCAGAGGAUGUCCAGUUCACCAACGCUGCUGCUUCAGAGGAGGCUCCUGUACGGGAGGAGGGGAAGGACCCAGAGGAGACAGAGCGCCCCCUGCUGCCCCGGAGGCCCUCCUGUUCUGCCACCACGGCUCUAAUAUCCCUGGGCUCCCUGCUGCUCCUGGUCUGUGGCCUCUGGCUUCUAGUGACCAUCUUCUGGCUCCAAGCCCCCUCCAACAGCGUCCCCCACAGGGCCCCGCCGCCCAGGGGCUCCCCAGGGACGGGUGGGGGAGACGGGAGUAGAGCCCUACCAGAGCCCCAGGCUUGUGGAGUGGUCCCAGAGGCCUGGAGGUUUGACUGCUACCCAGAGAGAGGGGUGGUGGUGACCAGGGAGUUGUGUGAGGCGAGGAACUGUUGCUUCAUCCCUGCCUCCUCCUCCCCCCCUGCCCCGGGGAGGAACGGUGUUCCCUGGUGUUUCUACCCUCCUGGGUUCCCCUCCUACUCCCUGGUGUCUGUUAACGCCACAGACUUGGGUCAGACGGGAACUCUGGUGAAGACGGUGAAGACCUACUACCCUAAAGACAUUCUGACCUUACAGCUGGAGCUCCUCUAUGAGACAGACAACAGGCUCCGAGUCAGGAUCACCGACCCGUCUGAGUCGCGGUUCGAGGUGCCAAUCGCCGUGCCCAAGGCCACAGAGAAGGCCUCUAGUCCCGCCUACUCUGUGGAGCUAUCCAAUGAGCCGUUUGGCAUCAUCGUUAAGAGAACGUCCACAGGAGCUGUGCUCCUCAACACCACGGUAGCUCCUCUGUUCUACUGUGACCAGUUCCUCCAGCUGUCCAGCAGUCUGUCCAGUCAGUACAUCUAUGGGCUGGGAGAACACCGCUCCUCCUUCCUACACGACAUCCACUGGAACACCCUCACCAUGUGGGCUAGAGACGUGGCGCCCACGGAGCUGACUAACCUGUACGGGGUUCAUCCCUUCUACCUGGCCAUGGAUGAGGGAGGGACGGGGACAGCACAUGGAUUCUUCCUGCUCAACAGCAACGCUAUGGACGUGGUCCUCCAGCCGGGCCCUGCCAUCACCUGGCGUACCAUCGGUGGGAUCCUGGACUUCUACGUCUUUCUGGGUCCCGAUCCGGCCUCUGUGAUUGGACAGUAUUUGGAGGUCGUAGGUUACCCCGCCAUGCCUGUCUACUGGGCGCUGGGGUACCAUCUCUGUCGCUGGGGUUACGGAAGUAGCAAUGCCACCUGGGAUGUUGUCAAGAACAUGAGGAACUAUAGAAUACCUCAGGAUGUGCAGUGGAAUGAUAUAGACUACAUGGACCGUUCUCUAGACUUCACCUUUGACCCCACGGCCUUCUCGACCCUGCCUGACAUGGUGAAAGACCUGCACAGCCACGGACAGCGCUACGUCAUGAUUCUGGACCCAGGUAUCAGCAGUGUCCAGCCAGAAGGAGGGUACUGGCCGUAUGACGAAGGUCUGAGGAGAGGAGUCUUCAUCAACCACACAGAUGGAAGCACACUCAUCGGGAAGGUGUGGCCAGGUCUGACAUCGUUUCCUGAUUUCUCUGAUGAUGUGACCCAUGAGUGGUGGUACGACAAUCUCAAGAGGUUCCACGACAAAGUUCCCUUCGACGGACUCUGGAUCGACAUGAACGAGCCAUCUAGCUUCGUGGACGGGUCGACCGUUGGUUGUCCUGACACCGAGCUGGAGAACCCUCCGUACACACCUGGUAUAUUAGGAGGGUUGUUGAGGGCUAAGACCCUGUGUGCCUCUGCUGUCCAGAAGACCUCGUCUCACUACAACAUGCACAGCCUGUAUGGACUUCUAGAAGCUAAGGCCUCGGCACGUGCUCUGAAGCGUAUGUUAGGGAAGAGAGCGUUUGUGAUCUCUCGCUCCACCUUCCCCAGUCAAGGCCAAUACUCUGGACACUGGCUUGGAGACAACAGGAGUCACUGGAAGGACAUGUACACCUCGAUAGCAGGUAUGUUAACCUUUAACCUCCUGGGUGUUCCCCUGGUGGGGGCUGAUGUCUGUGGCUUCAGUGAGCAGACUGAGGAGGAGCUGUGUGUCCGCUGGACUCAGCUAGGAGCCUUCUACCCUUUCACACGCAACCACAACUCUAUCGACCAGAAGCCUCAGGACCCCCCAGCGUUCAGCCCUGCAGCCUGUUCAGCCAUGAAACAGUCUCUGCUGCUCCGCUCCUCUCUGUUCCCUCUGCUCUACACGCUGUUCCACCGCGCACACACACACGGACACACCGUCGCUCGCCCUCUGCUGUUCGAGUUCCCCAAGGACGUGAGAACGUAUGGGAUAGACAGACAGUUCCUAUGGGGGAAGAGUUUGAUGGUGACACCAGUAUUAGAUCCAGGUGUGGACUAUGUUGUGGGCUACUUCCCUCAGGGUCUCUGGUACGACUACUACACGGGUGAUUCUAUCCGUAGUAAAGGAGAAGAGUUGAGGCUCAAGGCUCCUCUAGAGCAUAUCAACCUUCACCUGAGAGAAGGAGCUGUCAUACCUACACAGCGUCCCAACACAACCCUGUUUGUGAGCAGUGGUCAGCCGCUCCACCUCGUGUCCAGUCUGUCUGAAGACGGCUCGGCCGGAGGAGAGCUGUUCUGGGACGACGGAGAGAGCAUCGACACCUUUGAGACAGACCAGUACGCUCACGUAGUGUUCACUGUGGUGAAGAACACGAUGACAUCGGAGGUGCUGCACGACCACGUGGAGGCUUCCUACAUCACUGUGGAAACAGCCUCCUUCUAUGGCGUGAAGGUGGAGCCUACCAGGGUUAUGGUCAACUCCCAUGACGCUGCAUUCACCUACAGAGCCAAUCAGGUGUUGACUGUAACAGAUCUGGGAUUGAAUCUCAGCCAGAACUUCACCAUCAAUUGGAUCUAGCAGCUUUUCCCCAAAAAUUGGGAAUUCCGACCUUUUCGAAUGUUUGAUGGUUUUUCCUUCCCUGACGGUCUCUACUGCUUUACGCCCCACGGCCGUGACCGAAAUGGCACCCUAUUCCCUAUAUAGUGUACUACCAGGGCUCAAAACAUGCUCACUGUAGGACACAUCAUAUGUUGCUCCGGGUGGAAUUGAAUCCUAACCUGAACCAUUAGAUACUAAUCUCACCACUGAUCUAGGACCAGAUUACCCUCCUACAAUCCUAACCUGAACCAUUAGAUACUAACCUAGGACCAGAUUACCCUCCUACAAUCCUAACCUGAACCAUUAGA